UAAUGAUGGAAGUACUGAAGCAGCCAUGACUUUGCUUGCUAUGAGGGAUCCAGUGUUUCAAUUACGUAUUGAUACCCAAGAAAAAAUACAAGAAUGUCUCAGUAAAGAUGAACUGAAUCUACCUGCUAGCUUUUUGAGUCAAGGAAAUGAAGUACAUACUAAAGCCCCUUCAGCAAAUGAACUGAUUCCUUUAAAUAAUACGAAUAACACAACUCCAGAAGGUAACAACAAUAAACCAUCAGAUUUCAAAGACUGCUUGGAAGAAAAAACAGUUGUGUUACUUCCAGACUCUUCCAAAACUGCACUGGUUUCACCACACAACACAAAUGAAACUACUACAGAAUGUCACAAAUUUUCAGAUUUGGAAGAAUGUUCACAGGAAGCAACUAGAGUCUGCAGUACUGUAUCUUUGUGUAAAAGAAAUAAAACACCCAGGCCAGCAAGAUACAGACUCACAAAGCCUAAACCAAAUCUUAAUAGUGGCUUGGUACUACCCAGGAAUGCUUCUCAAAAAUCUCUGGAUCUAAGUUCAGAUAUGGAAGAAUAUAAAGAAAUCCAAAAUGUAACAGAUGAGAAAAUGUCAGAAAAACCUACAGAAGAGCAGAAAGCUGAACUGAAUCUCCAAAUGGAUGAGCAGCUCGCUAAGGUCAGCACUGCUGGAAAGUAUGAUUUACAUUCUGAAAGUGCUGGUCCCGCCAUGCAGGAAAAUAAUAUGGAAAGGUAUACACCCCACUACAGUUCUAUAUUUGUUAUUUCUCAAGUGUUUUGGGCUAUGUUUUGAAAUAUGUAGUCAAUUGUGUUUUACAUAUUCCUUCCUUCUGUAAAACAUGGAUGUCUGCAUGGUGUAGCUUACCAAAAUUACUGGGAAUAUACAGUUAUAAAUGUAUAUUUAUAUACAUUUAGGUUUUCCUAAAAAAAACCAAGAGCAGCUUCAGCCUUAAUAUUUAAUUAUUAAUGCUCUUAAUUUUCUCCAAAUAGCUUUUGAUGCAUGACAGUAAUGAAGUAUCUUCUUAAAAGAUAAUUGGAAUUGAUAUUUCCCUUUAUAAAGUGCCGUGCUCCUUACUAGCUACAUUUGUUAAAUUGUAUGAUGCCAUUUUUAUUUGUUUGAUACAGAAUGAUUGUAAGCCUCAUACCAUUCAUUUUAAGUUAUGUGGUAUAAAAAGGUUCUGUAACAUUUCUUUGGUAAACAGUGUCUAGACUUAAACUAUGUUCA